CCGGGGUCCCGUCGCCGAUGACGUCAGCGGUAAUGUGGAAGAUGUUGUAGCCGAAACUUUGUGUGAAAACAUCGCGUUUUUUUUCCCUCUGAGUCGGUUUUUAACUUGUGUUCACAAAUGCGUAGCUCGUAUUACAAGACACAGAAUGGCUCCAGCUGCGCGUACACCAAAUUAAAAGCCUCGGGUCAGACCAAAGCAGACGCCACGGGCGCGGCGAUGCCUCACAAGCCGCAGAAGAACGGCCAGACGGCGCACUACAUCGAGGUGGGGGGUUACCAGUACUGGCCCGUGCUGGUGCCACGCGGCAUCCGUCUGUACACCUACGAGCAGAUCCCCGUGUUCCUGAGGGAGAACCCGUACAUCACGGAUGGAUACAGAGCGUACCUGCCCGCCCGACUCUGCAUCAAGAGCCUCUUCAUUCUGUCCAACGAGACGGUGAACAUCUGGAGCCACCUGCUGGGCUUCCUGCUCUUCUUCUGCCUCGGGGUCUACAACAUGGCGUCGGUGCUGCCGGGGUUCGGCGCCUCCAGGGAGGAUUACGUCAUCUACUCCAUCGGGCUCUUCUGCUUCCAGCUGUGCAUGCUGUGCUCGGUGGGCUACCACCUGUUCUGCUGCCACCGCUCGGAGAAGACCAGCCGCCGCUGGAUGGCGCUGGACUACGCCGGCGUCUCCAUCGGCAUCCUGGGCUGCUACGUGCCCGGAGUCUUCUACACGUUCUACUGCAAUAAUUACUGGCGGCAGGUCUACCUGGUGACGGUCCUCGCCAUGAUCCUGGCCGUGUUCUUCGCUCAGAUCCACCCUCACUACCUCAGCAAGCAGUGGAGGCAGCUGCGCUCGCUCAUCUUCUGCUCGGUGGCCGGGUACGGCCUCGUCCCCACCGUCCACUGGGUCUGCAUCACGGGGGGCUUCUCGUCCGAACUCGUCCAGGCGUUUCUUCCUCGAGUUCUGGGGAUGUACUUCAUCGCCGCGUUAGCUCUGAUUUUCUACGUUUCAAAAGUUCCUGAACGCUACUUCCCAGGUCAGCUGAACUACCUGGGCUCCAGCCACCAGGUGUGGCACCUGCUGCUGGUGCUCAUGUUCUACUGGUGGCACCAGUCGUCAGGAUUCAUCAUGGAGUACCGACACAGCCAGCCCUGCCCCGACGCCCCCCAGCACGCCUAGCACGCCUAGCACGCCGCCGGCAGCCACAGGAGUGUUUUCCAGCUCGUGUUGGAGAGAAGGCGAGGAGACUCCAGUCCUUCAGUCCGACCCAGUGUUUCCACGGACGGACACAUUUUCACCUGCGACUCUAACGUGCGACCUCUGGGAUGUGAGGUGAAACGGGUCGAUUCCCUGAGUGAUUGUAUGUUAAACAGUCACAAAGGCAAAAAACAGUAUUUUGUCACUUUAAAACACUGAAACGACAAAAUCUCCAGAGUUUGAGUCUAUUGCACUGUUAAUAUUAACAUAACUUAAAAAUAAGUUAAGUCUUCGUAACUGUUUUUUUUCUCUGCAUAAAUCAGACGAAGCCACAGAAGAUGCAGUUUUAGUUAACGACCAUUUUCUUCUUUUUUAAAUAAGAGACUUCCACAUAUUUCUUAAAAGUGCCUGUAAAUAAAACAGUAUUUAGUUCUUAGUUAAAUUAAAUUAACUCCGUUUUCAUAUAUAGUUCCUUUAUAUAUAGUUCCAUGAUGCUACAUUCACUAAAAAUAGUUUUGAGCGAGUAAAACGGUCGUGAUACUCGAACCCAAAUCAUUUCUAAUUACAAUUUUAUUUUUUAUUAUGAAAACAAGUGGAGAAACUGUCCACGUUUAGACAAAACAACCAAAGAUGCAGUUGUGGUUCGUCGUCGCCACGUUCUUAACAUUUAGGGUUUUUAUUAUUUAAUGUCUCUGACUCAGUCGCAGGAUGAAGAAUCACGAACUUCAGACGUGUGAGUAAACCGAUCAAAUCCAGAACCAGAGUUCGUGUUUCACUACGAGAAUGUUUGCGGUUCUGACUCCAGUUUCCUGACAGAUCGAGCUGUUAUAGGUGUGAGCCAAUCAGAGGCCGGGAAUGGGGCGUUUCUUUGCAGAACGGACGAACAGCACACUGGCUGUAGAUCGGGUGUUUCAUGUUGUUGUCACCUGUAGGCCACCGUAGUUUCUCCUACACGUUUGUUUAAAAAAAAAAAUUCAAGCACUGAUUUUACAAAUCUGUAAUCUGCAUGAAUUGCAGUUUAAUAUUGCGACUCUUUGAUCUACUGUAGAUUCUGACGACUUUACCACUUUGCUUUUUAAAAAUAGUUUCAGCUUCACUAGACUUUGAUUCUGAAAACUGCUUUUUCUGCCUGAACGAGACGAUCCACUGUAAAUAAACUUCUUUUAGACUUUUUAAUAACUCACGUACAUGUUUCCUCCAUUUAGGGUGAUGUGCAAUGUCAACAUUUGUUUUUUUGUUUUUUAAAUGGCUUCAUUCCAAAAUGCAACAAAUCCAUGCUGGAAAUAAUCAUCGUAUUUUAAUUAUAAAAAAUAUAAAAUUGCAAUUGUCCCCAAUGUCACGUGUUUGUAAAGAAAAGUCUUUAUGAUGCGUGUUUGUCAUCAGUUACAGUUCAAUGGAGGCUGUCGUUUUGGAAUGGAAGUCAUUUUGUUUAUGUAAUAUUUAAUGUCUAAGGUUUUGACGGUGUCAGAUUAUUUUUUGUUGUGUGUGAUGUAUUUAAUUUAUUCGUUAUGACCCUGCUCUGUGCGGAUUCCUCCACAACGCUCUAGUCUACGUAAGAGCCUCGUUUUGUAGCAGCACAAGUUUUUGUAUCUUGACUUUUCAUACCGGAGCAAUGGAACUGCUGGACUCAAACCUAAAAUAAAGACGUUUUAAAAACGUG